UGACACUGCCCUGCUGAACUCGACCAUCUUCACAAAUGGUGGACAUUUCUGCUGCAGUUGAGACAACACUACAAUAACAUCUCAUUUGUAUUCUACUAUCCUUAACUUCACUCUUUCAUCAAAUCGAGGUUUGCAAGAGAUGACAAAUGACGUCACAGGCACCAAGCGCAACAUAUCUCCCGUACAAUGAGCCUGAGAUUGUCACUAUCCUCAUCCAGUCUUCCUUUCUUUUGCUGCUGAAUCUUGUCAAUCAUGUUCUAGACCGCUUGAUUUACUGCGGACUUGUGGGACAAGUGUUUAUCGGCAUCGCAUGGGGCACGCCUGGUGCAAAAUGGUUGGAUACGGCUGCCGAAGAAGCGUUUAUGCAGGUUGGGUAUCUGGGGCUGAUUUUGCUUGUUUAUGAGGGCGGCCUCUCCACAUCCUACUCUGCCCUUAGAAAGGAUCUUCUUCUCUCAGUAGGCGUGGCAGCCACGGGCGUUGCUUUACCGAUUGGAUUAUCCUAUUCACUCCAAGGCAUCGCCGGCGCAAGUAAACUCGAAUCAUUCGCCGCCGGAGCAGCAUUAUGUUCGACGAGCCUUGGCACGACCUUUACCGUGCUGAGCACCAGCGGACUUGCUUCGACACGUCUUGGGGUGGUCCUCAGCAGUGCGGCCAUGCUGGACGACAUUGUAGGUCUAGUCAUGGCUCAGCUCAUAUCCAACAUGCAUGGAUCCACAUUCUCUCUUAGCCCUAUCACGAUUGUCCGUCCCAUUUUAGUAUUUAUAGGUCUGAUUAUUGCACUGUUACUGGCUUGCCGGUUUGUCAUUUUGCCAGCUACGCGUGGCUUGAAUGCACUCCGGCGCCGCUCACCGAAUGGAAAUCUCCAAUGGGCAUUGUCCAGAAAAGAGACGGCAAUCCUAAUGCAUAUCCUCGUCCUGGUGGGACUGAUUGCCGGAGCUACAUGUGCUGGCACAUCGAAUCUUCUUGCGGCUUAUCUGGCAGGCGCCAGCCUCAGUUGGUGGGAUACAGACGUGGAGCAUUCCACGAUGAAGGAAGAAUCGCUAGCAUCAUUGAACUCUUCGCAGAAUGGAAAUAGAGAACCUGCCAGGGCAGAACUUACGGUUGUAAACUCUACCAAUACCCAGACAUCUGAACAAAACCCUACUUCCCGAGAGGAACGAGAUAUUGGCAAUGCCUCGGAGAGCAUAAACGGGACUUCGUCUCGUACGUCAGGUGUUGAAAUAUAUCACGACUAUUUUUCCGCAGCUGUACAGAGAAUCCUCAAGCCGUUAUUUUUUGCAUCAAUCGGCUUCUCCAUCCCCAUCUCUCAACUCUUCUCCCCCAGAAUCAUCUGGCGCGGCAUUGUAUAUGCGAUACUCAUGACCCUAGGAAAACUCGCAUGCGGGCUCUGGCUUGUCCGCGUCCAUUCUGGGUUUCUCCAUGGAAUACCAUCAUUCUCGCUGGCAUGUUCUUCGUCUAUUGCCCGGUCAUGCUUAUCUUCCGUGCGGUCAUGUAUCCGUACAUCUUCUUGUCAUCUCCAGCACCUCCUUUCGCCACGACGAAUAUUUUCUUCCGUAUCUGAAAAGUCGCAGCGAGAAGACGAGACCACAACCAACUCCAAGCCCGCUACCAAUACCGAUGCUGGCACACCCGCUGGCACUGGCGCAGAUACAGACACUUCCAUGGACAAUCCUAUGUCUAGUCAGGAGGAUGUAAAUACCUCUCGUGCCACUCCUACUCCUUCUAUGUCUGCGACUGCAACUACAGACCCCACCAUGCUACCAUCACAACAUGCUCCACCACCAGCGCGCUCCGUCUCAGCCUCUGCCUCUGCCUCACCUUCAAGUCCCGCUCCCGGGGGAGAGCCGCGGCCACCCCAACCCCGCUCCCUCUACCCCGCCACUAUCCUCGGCACAGCCAUGACGGUGCGCGGUGAGAUCGGCCUACUCGUUUCCUCGCUCGGGCGGUCUCGCGGCGUUCUUUCGCAGAACGUCUACCUCCUCGCGACGUGGGCUAUUCUCAUAUGUACCAUUGCUGGGGCAGUGAGUGUGGGCCUGCUCGUGCGGCGGGUCAAGAGGUUGCAGCUGGAGAGAUGUCGGACUGUGCGGGGUGUUGUCACCGCCCACACCGACGCCGCCGCCACUGAUGGAGAAGGGACCCAGGCAAGAGGAGGAGCAGGCCAAACCGGACAGCAUGAUCAUUCUGAUGGCGACGACAAUAGAGAUCCUGGCGAUCCACUAGGCGCAUGGGGUGUUUUCUAGACCAUACUUUCAUACUUACCUACCUACUCACUCU